AUGGCGGCCUCGGCAGUGAAAUGUCCAAAAACUGUUGUUUUAGCCAUAGAUCGGACUUGUUCCUUAUGUGGUGGUUCUUGGUUAUCCAGAUUAAGAUAUCGUAUGUUCUCGGACUCCAAAUUAGACGACAACAGUACGCAUUUUGGCUUUGAGAAGGUAUCAGAACAAGACAAGGCGGAGAAAGGUAGUUAAACAUAAGCUUAUAUUAUAAAUUCAAUACGGAUAGAGCCUUGUUUUGGUCUUGGCCUUGAGUUAAAUGGUGAACUAUGAUCUAAUGCCGUUAAAAUAAUCCCAUUAAGCUAUCGAGGAGGAAAAUCCCAGGGGGGAGGGAGGCGAUUCAGAUGAGGUAGCUCUCGAGCAAUGCCCUAGCAAUGACCCCGGCGGGGGGCACUUGGGUAUUUUUUGGGUGGGUAUGUGCCGCCCGGGACUCCAAAUUGGCACCCCGUUCUAUAAAAAAUUUCCCCUAAAAUUGAUACCCCAUGCUAGAAAUGGGCCAGUUUUUUAUAUCCCAUUCUAGAAUUCGCUCUAAAACUGAUACCCCGUUCUAGAAGUGGGCCAAUUUUUUAUACUCUGUUCUAGGAUGCAACAAAAGUACAACGGUUUGCUUGUUAACGCAUUGAACCGUGUUUUUAAAAGUAAUCUGUGCUUGAAUACUUUCAAAUGGCUGCUUACAAAAGUGGAGCUUUUGUACGUUUGAAACAUUAUACCCUGUUCUAGAAAACGCCUCUGAAAUGGAUACCCCGUUCUAAAUUAGGAGCUUCAAAAUCAUGACCCCUUUGGGCGGCACAUACCCGUAUAGGUAAUGUAUGGGAGUACCCCCACGGGCAAUGACCUCUAUUUAACAAAGUCCCCGGUAUAAAGAACGAUUUUCUUUACCCCAGUAGCAGUAAAAUAUAUGAAAAAGAACCUCUAUAUGAUGACACCUUGUUAUUAUAGCGAAUAAAAAUUGGUCAGACCCUUCAUUAUCAAGGUUCCACUGUAGUACUGCACUUCAUGCGAUAUCAGAAAUGCCAACCUCUUGACAUCUGUAAAUUUCCCACCACCUGCUCACUAGUUCAACUUACUCCAAACCACCAAAGCCUAGACACACCCACAGAUACAACCCAGCUCCAACACUCAACAGUAAAAGAUUGUACCUCCCAACUUUUAAUAUUUCACCAUGUAAUUUUCAUAUCCAUGUUACCCAAUUUUAUAAAAAAAUCGGACGCCUUUUCCCAGGGGAAGGGGGGCUCUCUUGGAAAUUCUUGGUUGGGGUGUGCUGUCUGGUUCUCCAAAUCCUGACCCUAUUUCAAAAAUGUCAAUUUCACACCUGUUUCCAGACCUGGCCUCUAAGAAAUUAUGUCAUUGUUACUUAGAUUAGACCACCAACAAAAAAAGAAUUCUUAAAAUCCAUUUCAAAUUCACAUAUUUCACUUUCUUUCUUACUGUUCUGGAAUAGAAACAAUAAAUACAUUCAUACACUCCUAUAGUUCCCUCGAAAACCAUAAUGGAUUCCAGACAAACAUGGGCAAAGUCUAUACCCAUUUUCAGACCAAAACGGCACAAAAACCCCACCCUUUGGGGUGGCACCAGCGUGCAAAGAAAGUAGUGUCUAAUAGCCCGGGGCUAGUGGAUUUUUCUAUGGGGCUAGUGAAUCCUGUUUUUAACUUGCCUGACGGGCAAGUGAUGUUUUUUUGAGGAAUUUGAAUAACAGAAGAACUGUGAAAUCAAUAUAUUAUUCUGCUCGUCAAAAAGCUUUCGGGGCUAGUUGAAAUGACGUCUGGGCUAGUAAGUGCUAGCUUCAGCUUGCCCAAAUGGCAAACUGUAAAAAUGAUUUUCUUUGCACCUUGGGCACGUACCUAUAUAACUUAUAUCAGGGAGUACCCUCCCCCACACACACACCCCCAAGUGACUUCCAAAUCAUACCAAAGACAUUCCAGUGACUUCUGAACAAUAGUGAAGAGUCCCAAAGUUCUUCUGAUAAUUUCCAAGGGUUGCAAAAUAUAGAAGUGCAAAGCAUCAAAUCUUGGGACCAUCUUUGCGAGAUCACACAAUUAUCUUGGCAGUAUCGUCGAGUCACGGUAUCGGCAGAUCUUGCCAAGAUCGAGCCUUUAUACUCAAGAUUGCUCAUGUCUUGGCAAGGUAACUUAUUUGGUGUGAUAAAAGUUUUCAGCCUGCAGGCAUGUGACACAGGCAUACUGCUUGUGGGUUGGCGGGUAUAAAAGAUGCUCAAAAAUGCUGCCAGAAUCCAUGGCGGAUGUAAUCUGGGCCCAGUUGUUCGAACGCCAGUUAGCACUAAAACGGGGUUAAAUUUUAACCUGGCUUUUUUUUUCUUGUUAUCCAAUAGUUUUCUCUAUUCUUUUUAGAGCAUCCAAUCAUCGAAUUGUAGGCAAAGAGAAUUAAACUGAAUUUGCUUUUUAAGCUCUAAUAUCUCAGUUCAAAUUUCGCACUAACCCUGGGUUAUCUCAACCCAGCUUCGAACAACCCAACCCUGGUGUGCAGGUGUUACUAAAGGUUCCAUAACUCAUACCCAGUCUACUUUAAAUCAGCACCAGUACACAACAUAGAUAUGAAAAAUCUGAAUUUCAGGGAAUUUUGCAAAAUAUUGGUGUUAAAGGUUUCGCCUUUUGUUUAAAAAAAAAAAAUGCUCAAAAGUUACAUUUACUUUGCUCUGGCAAUCUGACAGAGAGAUCAAUAGGUUCGUUCAGUAUUCAGGAGAAUCCCAGAUAUUUUUUUUGAUAGUUGGGAUAUUAUUAAUAUAUAAAAUACAGAUAUUCAGUAUAAAUUAGUUAAGUUUGCUAUCAUUCUUUUGUCUCCAGUUUACAAGGUGUUUGAAAAUGUUGCAAGCUCAUAUGACCAAAUGAAUGACGCAAUGAGCUUUGGGAUACACAGAUUAUGGAAAGAUAGACUGAUAAAAGUACUAAAUCCUCCAUCUGGAACAAAACUAUUGGACGUUGCUGGAGGCACAGGUAGUUUAUUACCUUAUUGUACACAGACCACCCAAGGUCACACUAAAUCUUUCUGGAAUGCUAUUGCAUUUCACUGCGAAAAAAGCCAAUCAAGUGUGAGAAAGCUAAACUACAAGUAGCAAAGGUAACUUGUGGUUUUGUGGUCUGCUUCCUUGGUCGUUUACUACACUUUUAUCUGGGAAAUCUGGAGUGUAUGAAGACAAUACUCAAGCAAUCACCAUUCCAUCCAAUGUCCAACACAAGUGACCAGCUCUGCAACUUGAAAUUUCCACCUGCUCAAAUUCAUCCCUGUCCACACUUCAUGUGAUGCUUUCAAAUUCAGUCUGUGGCCAAGGGCAAUAAUUGAAAAUAUAAGGUGGUAAAGAAUUCCAAUUGUUAAUUAUUAACGAUUGGAACUCUUUACCGCCUAAUAUUUUAGACAUUGAUUCAACUGACAAUUUUAGGCUUGCUGCAAUUGCUUUUUUUAUUUAAUUUGGCCGAUCCACGGACUUUUAACGUUGUUUUUUGAUUGCUUAUUUUAUUUUAUUUAUUUAUUUUUUGGAUGUAGAUGUAGAUGUUUUUCAUUGAGGAAAUUUUAGCAGUACGGCAUUGUAGGUUGAUUUCCUUAAUCAUAAUUGGGAAAAAUGUCCUCUUAGCAAGCCCCCAUUCUCUACCUCUCUUGGUUCCUGGGUCUUCUAUUUGUUCAACAUUAGUAUAAACAUUCUCACUGUCUCUUGAAUUUGUUUCAUACAGGAGACAUAGCUUUCCGGUUUCUCAACCAUGUGAAGAACAAACUCCCAAGAAGAAAAGCACAGUCAGAAACUUUUGAAGCCCAUGUUACUGUCUGCGAUAUUAACAGAGCCAUGCUCAAGGUUGGCCAAAAGAGGGCUGCGAGAUUCCAUCAUACUUCAGGUAGAUGCUUUUAGCCAGCUUUGCACCCCAGGGCAGUUACAGCCCACAUGUUAAAGGGGUACAGAUGUGUGUUGGAAUAUUGGAAUUAUAUGUUUAAAGGAGACAAAUUUGUCUUAAACACACAACCCAAUAAGAGCCAAUUAAAUUCCAUCAUAUAAGCUGUCAUAAUUCAAACGAUUAUUUGUUUCAUCCUUUCUGCCAUUCUUAAGUUGUCUUCUUCUUUGUAUGUGUAGCAAUACCUGUGUAAAAAAACUAAGCUAUUUCCAUCCUGAACACCCUUUGUGAGACCAAAACCUACAAUUUAUAACUCUAAAAAACAAUGGGCAUCCCCACUCCUUAUGAAAUAUAGGAAACAUUUUGUUUUUACUCAAGAUAGAUUUGCCUGCAGUGAAUUCAAUAAUAAGUAUCUGAUUUGCUUUCCUCUGAGGUAGCUAUUUCGUGGAUUGAAGGAGAUGCUGAAGACCUCCCUAUAGCUUCAUCAUCUGUUGAUGCUUUUACAAUAGCAUUUGGGAUUAGAAAUGUUACAAGAAUACACAAGGUAAAUCUUGGGAUGCUGCACCUGAGCCUGCUUGCAGAUUUUCUUUUUGGGGCUGCAAGCAGAAGGCGAGCAAAUGAGAGAUAUGAGUGGCUGGGUUGUAACAUCUCUUGUGAGUACCAUGAAGCAAAUACACAUCCCAAGUGGAGAUUCUGCUUGCAGGGUAUUGAUGCUACAAGUUCAUGAACCCUAGGCUAUACCAGUACUUUGUAUUCAAAAUUGAUGUAUAUCAUCCUGUACCUUAUAUCUUGUGAUUAUUUUUAAAAAAAUAAAUGCUUUUUUAGUUGGGCUUGUUCAGAAAUGCUGUGGGGAAAUUUAUUACAUCAAUGUCAAAAUUGACAAUGUGCAAGAGCAAAAUCUAUGUUCAUCACAUUACAGGUAAUGAGACUUAAGGAAAUAUUCUUUUAAGACAAAAUUUCCUCAAACUGUGAACAGAUUCUCAUUAUUAGUCUGAAAACAAAUGUAUUAGGAACAUGUUCAGGAUAUUUAUAUUUGGGCUUAAAGGGUUAACUCAGUGGCCACCUCUUCAAAAUGAUCAUCAGAUGUUACCCCACAGGAAACAGCUGAUUAGUUCAGAGUCAACAUUCUUGAAAGAUUACUUUGUAGAUAGCUGGAAUGUUUUUAAGAUGUGUAACUUUUCAGUUUGCCUCUUUUAACAUCAGGCCUUGAGCGAAGCUUACAGAGUUCUAGCACCUGGAGGAAGAUUUCUUUGUUUGGAAUUCAGUGAGGUUCAAAACAAGCUUAUAGCAAGGUAUUAUUCAGUUGUAGUACUCAACUACAUGAGGCUAUCUUAAUCAAUAUAAUUUUGUUACUACAUCAUGAUUUCUAGAACUUUUUUACAUCCUUGUUUCCCUAGAAUAUUUUGUUGAGUAGAAAAAGCAAUUUUUACCUGAAGCCUUCAGUCAGGGGAUUUGGCCAAAAGUUUGAAAAACUAUUAUUAUUUAUAAAUAUUUGGAGACAAGUACUUUUACAUGUUGCUUUUUGAACUUACAGUGCCUAUGAUAAAUAUUCCUUUGAUGUUAUACCAGUAAUGGGACAUGUGAUUGCUGGAGAUUGGAAGUCCUAUCAGUACCUGGUGGAAAGCAUUAGACAAUUUCCUAACCAGGUUUGUAACUUGUUUGGUUUUCAGGAAAUGCUGUUGGGUGGUUAGUGAGGGUUGUACUUGGCAGGGGGGGGGGGGGGGGGGGGAGGGGGGGGUUUGGCCUUUUUUUUUCAUUAAAAAAAAAAAAAACAAAUAUGAAAUUGUAGGGGUACAAUUAAAUCUACAUGUAAGUACCUGUUUUUUAUCUUUUUUUUUAUAAAAAAAAAAAGGGGAAAAAUGGUGUUGAAAAAAACAAAAAAGGGACAAAAGAAAAAAAAAUGGGGACAGCUCUUUGUGGGUGGAGGGAAAAGACGGCAUAUGUUUGCGGGAGGUGUUUUGAGUUGAGUGGUGUGCUAUUCGGGUUUUUGGUGUGUUGGGUAGGUUUGCGGGGGGGGGGGGGGGGGGGGGGAGGGUGGGGAGGGUUCGGGCUCUUCUAUUCAUGUAACAAAAAAAUAACCAAUCAUGAAUUGUAGAGAGUCACAUUAAUCUGCAUGUAAAGUACUGCUUUUUAUCCUUUUCUUUCAUAAAGAAAAAAGUGGCAAAAUAGUGUCUGACAAAACAGCAAAGUGGCAAAAAGGAAAAGAAAGACUGUAUACAGCAUCUUUAUUCUUUUUUGAUGGUGUUUUCAUCUUCAGGAGGUCUCAAAACUGAAAAUCAUGGGAAAAAAGUUACAAAAUGAGAAAUACCAUAAAUGGCCUAAUAAAUGCCCACCUCCAAAUAAAUGCUUCUCAUCUAAUAAACACCUCCUCAACACUGUUAAAAUUGUAUUAGAUCCCAGGGGCGGAUCUAGGGGGAGGGUGCAGGGGGUGCACACCCCCCCUGGGAUGACCUGUGGCUUUCUAAUUAACACUAUGCAGUGGCUUCACAGUCAUACAAAAUCUGCUGUAUCGUUUGAUAUGUAUUCUCAGCAGUUCACAUGAUGUUAUUUCCUAGUCAAAAGCCCUCUUCUUCGUAUUCGCUUUUAAAUUUCUUUACGUCAUCAGUCAGUUAGUGGUGCACCCCCUCCUAAGAAAAAUCCUGGAUCCGCCCCUGGAUUCCCACUCUCUAAUAAACACCUCCUGUCUAUAGAUGCCCUCUUGUGGGAAUUACUCCAAAGUACUAGGUAUUAGCAGAGUAAAAUCAUUCAAUUCAUUCAAUUUCUUGCUUGAUUAAUGAACCAGGCGUUGCGUAUUUCAUCUUGUUCCAUGUCAAUUCCAAAGUAAGGAUAGACCAACUAUCAACCCCAAGAAAAGGUUCUGACAUCAAUUCUGGGAUUUGAAAGAGCAAUAUAAGUCUCAAGAUGGCCUACUUGUAUCAAUUGAUGGAGUGGAUAUUCUGCUAUUUUUAAACUACCUUGAUAAAAAGCUUAUUGGAAUAAACACCUGUCUCUUUUUCAAACACUUCCCAUCUAUUAAAUGCCCCUCCUUUGACCACUGAAAUUAAAUAGAUGCCCCAAGCAUUUAAUAGGACAUUAACAGUCUUGAUUAAUAAUUCCAACACAGCAAGGUUUAUGUUCACUGAGCUUGGGCUGCCCAUGGCUAUCCAAAUGCUACAUUUCCUUAUGUUGAUAACAAAUCUGGAUGGAGUGUUACUUUAUGAUCUAUCCCUCUCGUUCACAACCUGCAUCUCCACAUCCACCCCACCCCUAGGAUAAAAAAUGCAGUUAGUUGUCCUUUUUUCAGUUUCCUCUUGUUUGAACUGUCCUUUUAUUUUCUCAAAUCUUUUGUGCUUUAUAGGAGGAGUUUGCAAGAAUGAUUGAAGAUGCUGGAUUUCGUCAUGUAACUUAUGAGAAUUUGAGCUUUGGAAUAGCAGCCAUUCACUCAGGCUUUAAACUACCUUAAUUGGUCGAAGUCGUUUAUUAAAUUAAUAUGAUAUGAGUUAAGACAUAAGAAAAGCCAUCAAUGGACAUUUUUACACGCAAGAAAAAACUGUGUAAAUGGGUAGUUGUAUGAUUCUGUUCAAGAUAAGCUAAGUUUCAGGACUAAAGGAUUACUGGUAUUAAACAAUCGAUGAAACCUCUAUAGCGGACACCUUCGGGACCUUCCUAAGUGUCCACUUAAUAAGGGUUGUAAAAAUUGUGCAAUGUUUAUUAACGAUCAACAUUCAACGGUUACUCUGUACUGUGAUAAAGUUGCAUGUUGUUAAAGAAGCUAUCCAGAGUUCAAGUUCAUUACCUUUGAUUACCAACUUUUUAUUUGUUUGUAAAUGCAAAAACACUAACUGUCUUCAGUACGUAUUUCAAGGACGUAAAACAAUACUACUAUUUUCAAUUUAGUCUGGUGUCCGCUUAAUAGAGGUUUUUUAACGAUAGAAAUUAGCCAAAUACAACUUAUUUUAGUGUCCGCAUCCACUUAAUAGAGGAGUCCUCUGAAUAGGGGUUCGUUAUAAAGGGAGUUAUGAGACGUUUGUUUCGGGACCUGGCUUAGUGAGGGUGUCCACUUAAUUGGGGGUCCGCUUAAUAGAGGUUUCACUGAAUUUCUUUGCCUCCGAAGUUGUUGCAAUUCUUUUUAGUAAGGUGUUGCCUUAUAAAAAAGCCUUCUGGAAAACACCACUGUGGUGGGUUUUGGGAGCAUGUGAGAAGCCCAACCAUUGAAAUUUGGAC